AACACUGACAGGUGUAGGCAGUCGACAGGUUUUGGCAACGCCCCGACUUCAGUCUUAACUGAGCGUGGCGCCCUAACGAACGUACUUAUUUAGCUGUCUAUAAGUACGAAAAACGAAAAUCGAAUUACGAAUCGAGCGAAUCGAAAAUAUAAGCAAAAGGUGUUUGGCGCAGCAGUUGUGAAAAUGCGCCUCAAACUGUUUGUGGUCUGUGCGCUGGCCUGUGGCUUCAUGGCCUAUGUGCUGGCCAAUGAGAAUAUCUCAGCGGAAGUGGAAGAUCAAAUUAUAAAUGCGCCAGCAAGCGCGAACAAAGCCCCCAAAAAGGCGCAGCCAGUGGAAUUUGUGGAAAUUAUCGAGCCACCGCCGCCGCCAGCACCAGCGCCAGCCCCUGCUGCCACGCCCAGUCCGGCGCCCGCAGCUAAAGCCAAAGCAGCCCCCAGCCCGGCACCCGCCGUCGCCGCCUCCAAACGCGGCACCGAUGACAUCCUCACCGUGGCGGGCCUCAAACCGCAGGCCAAAUCCGGUGCACUAGUCAUGCCCUUUGACUAUCUGGGCGAGCUGUACGAUUUGGAUUCCACUGGCUACAAUUGGGAUCCCAACAAUAAUGUGGCGCCACCGGACACGCCCUCGACGGCUGCCGGCGGAUACACCAUCACGCCCGCCCGCCUCGCCGAGCUGCGAUCCACCUUCCUGUACUGGUUCUUCGACAAGGACCAGUACGGCGGACGCGGCGAUUAUCAGUUUGAUAUACACGCCUCGAUGACGCAGCUCCACAAAAAUCUGAACUUCCAGAUGCCCUUCUACGGCUUCCGCUUCAACUAUACUCGGCUCUCGCUGAAUGGAUACUUGGAGUUCUCGGACCCACCCGAGUAUCUGACCUAUCCCUUGGUCUUCCCCAUCAGGGAUUGGCCCAACAAGCGUGAUCCCUCCUUCAUUGGUAUCUUCUUCAGCAAGUGCCGCGUGGGCCGCCAGUAUCCCUCGGACCUGGACCAGCGCACUCCUGGCGUCUAUUUCCGUGUGGUACGUGAUCUGAUGGGACGCACGGACCGCUUCGGCGUCGAGGUGCGUGAGCGCACAAUGUGGGACAUACGCACGGGCGUUGUGGGCGCUGACACCUUUGUGCCCAAGCACGUGGUGAUCGCCACCUGGAAGAAUGUCUCUUUUGCCGGUGGCAUUGAUAACUCACUCUUUACGACAAACACUUUCCAAAUGGUCCUGGCCACCGAUGAGGUCUACACCUAUGUCAUCUUCAACUAUGCAGUUCUCAAUUGGCUCUCGCACACUGAGGCGGGCGGCGAUACGACCAAGGGCGAGGGCGGUGUGCCCGCAUUCGUCGGCUUCAAUGCGGGCAACGGCACUCAGGCCUAUGAGUACAAGCCCUACAGCCAGAACAUGGUCAUACGGGACUUGGCGAAUCGGGGCUGGGGCAAUGGAUUCCCUGGACGGCAUAUAUUCCGCAUCGACGAACAGAUUUUGAUUGGGUCGUGCAACAAGGAUAUCGAUGCCGCGCUUCUGCCGCUGACAUUUGCACCCGAGUCGGGCAACAUGCUGGGAGGGCAGGUGGUGAACAUAACGGGACCCUGCUUUGACCCGAACAUACGCGUUACCUGCCACUUCGACACGGAGUCUGUGCUGGGCACCUAUGUGGAUCGCAAUCGUGUGAUUUGCGUGCAGCCCUUCCUCAAGGCCGAGGGCUACAUCCGCUUCCAGAUCUCCGUGGGCACGCAGCGCUUCAAGUGGCGCGGAAAGUACUUCGUGGAGACACCUGCCGCUGCUACCGAGAAGAUCUUCUUUGCCACCGACGAUGUGCACAAGCGCAAUCCCAGCGAGAUUCGUAUCAGCUGGAACGCCUUCAAUUUGACCUCUAAUCUGAAUGCCAAUGUCAUGAUCUCCCUGUGGGGCUACCGCGAGACCAAGAUCGAGCCGCAGCUGGAGUACAUUGAUGUGAUCGAGGCCAGCCUGACCAAUUCCGGCAGCUAUGUCAUCACGCCUUCCAACUAUAUAAACCGCCACAACAUCAACAACGACAUGCAGUUCGGCUUCCUUCAAAUCAAUCUCACCCAGCCGGCUCAAUACUCCAACCUGGCGCUCAGUCCCAUCCUGUGGUCUCGCCCGAUUCCAUUGGCCUGGUACAUGGCGCCGCAGUGGGAGCAGAAGCAUGGCAAGCGCUGGCCUCGUGCUCUAUGCGAUAAUUGGAUACGCGCCGACAGAUUUCUCAGAAACUUUGCCGCCGACCUGCCGCUGUGCCCCUGCACUCUGGAGCAGGCGGUGUUCGACCUGGGCCGUUUCCGACCGGACCGUGAGUGCGACAAGGACUCGAAUCCCAGCUGCUUGCGCCACAGUGGUGCCAUUCAUUGCGUGGUCAGCGGAACACCAGUUGCCCAAGGUGCUGAGCAGCAGUGCUGCUACGAUCGCUACGGAUUCCUGAUGCUGACCUACGACCAGAUGUGGGGCUCGCGGCCACGUCGUAUCCACAACCUGGGCAAGAUGCCCUGGAAUGAGGCUAGCAAGGUGCCCUCGCUGUCCAUGUGGUUCCAUGACAUGCGUCCGUUCUACUCCUGCUGCUUCUGGCAGGAGGAGCAGUCCGUGGGCUGUGAGACCUAUCGCUUCGAGCGUCGCCCCUCGCAGGAUUGCGUUGCCUACCAGGCGCCUGGCAUUGCUGGCGUCUUCGGUGACCCCCACUUGAUCACGUUCGAUGGCACCGCCUACACCUUCAAUGGCCUGGGCGAAUUCGUGCUCGCUCGCAGCACGGACCAGAGCGAACAUUUCGAGGUGCAGGGCCGCUUCCAGCAGCUGCCGCCCAACUACUAUGGCCAGGUGAUGGCCACCCAGCUGACUGCCGUGGCCAUGCGUGGCAAUACGACAACCACGAUCGAGGUGCGUCUGCGUCCGCUGCACGCGCGCUGGCGCUAUCGCCUGGAUGUCCUGGCGGACGGACGCAAGGUGUACUUCGAUCGCGAGAGCUUGAAGUUCCAGCACUUCGAUGGCGUCACGGUCUAUACGCCCACCUACCUGCUGAACCAGUCGCAGGUGGUCGUGCAAUUCGAUGCGGGCAUUGGCGUGGAGGUGGUUGAGAACGAAGGCUUCAUGACCGGACGCGUCUUUCUGCCCUGGAAAUUUAUUAAUAAAACGGCUGGCUUGUUCGGCAACUGGAGCUUCAAUCCCAUGGACGACUUCACGCUGCCCAAUGGCCAGGUGGCCUCGAUCAACGUGAACGACCAGCGCAGCUUGUACAACAACUUUGGCCUCAAGUGGAUGCUGACGGAUCGGGAUGUGCCCAAUGUGGGCGCAGCGCUGUUUACGCGCGAGUUCGGGCGCAUGGCCAGCUACUACUCGAAUGCCACAUUCCAGCCGAACUUCGUCAUGGAUCCCGCCGACUUCCUGCCCAGCAAUCGCAGCUAUGAUCUGGAGCGAGCCGAGGAGCUGUGCGGCGAGUGCUCGCAGUGUCAAUAUGAUUAUGCGAUGACGUUGAAUCGGGACUUGGCGCACUUCACCAAGAACUACUAUGACAGUCUGGUCAACAUGCAAGCCGAGAACGCCAAGCGCGUUAUCUCCUGCGGCGUGUUGCAAACGCCGCGUUUCGGACGCAAGCUCAGCUUUGACUUUAUGCCCGGUGCGAAGGUCUCCUUUGAGUGCAACGAGGGCUUCAUUCUGAUCGGCGAUCAGCGACGCGAGUGCCUGGCCAAUGGCCUCUGGAAUCUGCCCGAGUAUGGCUAUACGGAGUGUCUGCGUGAGGUGUAUUACACGCGUCGUAUCGCAUUCAUUGCAAUUGGCAUUAUCCUACUCGUUAUAUGCCCAUUGAUGCUGUGCAUCGUGUGCGGCGUCUAUCGCUAUCGUCAGAAGCAGCUGAAGGAGGAUCCACAUUGGCAGAUGACCCUGCCCCGCUCCCGUGCCGGUUCGGCGCGCAAUUUGCGCGUGUUGAACUACGAUCCCGAGGACGAUAGCGAUACCGAUGCGAGCACGCUGAAAAAAACUAAGAAAUGGGAUCUGGACAUGCAGGACGAGGAUGUGACCUCAUCGGAAGGUGAGAAACCCAAGCAGACCGGCCGUCGCUCCCUGCGCUCCGCAUCCGGCACCGAACUGGACCAGCACCAGGAGGGUCAGCGCGAGCCGGAGGAGGACGAUGACUUCGACGAGGCCGACGUGCACACUGGCCAAAUCCAUCCGGCUGGCUAUCACCAACCGCUCUCGCCCGAGGAGGCCGACCAGCUGCACCAGCAGCAAUACAGUCCCACGUUCAGCGGGGUCGACAGUCGCACCAGUGCAGCCAGCUCCAUCAACUACACGCCCCAGUCGGCGGCCCAGAAUCGCUUUGGGGGCGUGCCCGUGUUGCCCAGCAACACGCAGUACUACAAUAGGCCAGCCUCGGGUGUGCCGGCGGCAACAACAACAACUGCCACGCCUCUGCGCGUAACGUCCGCAACAACACUGACGCAGGACAGCGGGUUGCCCUCGCCGCCGCCCUUCACCACAUCCCCAACACCAUCGGUGCAAAAAUCCACAGAGGUUUAGCACACCAACACACACUCACACACACACACACACACACGCACACAAACAUUUGCCUUCCCUGCACAGGCUAAAAAGUUCAAAUUUUGUAUAACUAAUUUCAUAUAUCGUAUAUAUAACAUGUAUAUUUUUAUCUAAACUUAAAUAAUUAUUAUACACACUGCUAAUUGCCCCACCUGUCAUCAAAAUACCUUUAUUAAUUUUUUUGGUUUGUUGUUGUUGCCAUGACCUUUAAGCAAAUACCUCCCACGCUGUGCUCAAAUAGCCCAGACCGCAUAUAAUUUGUAUUUAAAUACCUCAUGAAUAAUCGGCUUAAGCGAUUACAAUAAUGUGUUUCGUCAAUUUUUAUGCAACUUUCAUCAUUUUAUAAAUAAAAUCUUUGUUAAUAGACGUA